CGCAAGCCACAAAAGAAACUGCUUGGUUAUCCUGCGAGAAACCUAACCGCACGAGAGGAGAGAGGGAUGGCGUCAUCGGCCACCGCCUUUCACCUGGCAACGCCGCUUCGAUCGGCGAGUGGAGUUCAGCAAAGGCGGAGGAGGGCGGCGGCGGCAGUGGGCGUGAGGUGCGGGCUGGCGGAUCUGAUCGGGGGUGACCUGAUACUGCCGGAUCUGGGGCGGUGGCUGGAGGACGUGGAGAAGCACAAGGCGCUAGCCAUAUACCCGCCGCACGAAGGCGGGUACGAGGGCCGCUACCUCAAUCGCCUGCGGUACCAGGGUUACCGAUUCCUCGACCUCACCGCCCGCGGCCUCGGCGACCUCGAGUCCACCCUCACAAAGAUCCACCCCGUUUGCCCCCCUCAUCUAGGAAAACAGCCCAUAUCAAGAUGGUACUUCCCACCUGAAGUGGAUUACAGGCUUUCCUUGAUGUCACCUGAUGACAAAGGCCUUGUUCUCUGGAUCAUAGAAGCCAAGGUUCUUUCCAAGGCCGAGUUGCAAUUCCUUGCCUUGCUUCCAACCCUUCGUCCAAAAGUUAAGGUCAUAGCAGAAUGUGGGAACUGGAGAAAGUUUGUGUGGAAGCCAUUGAGAGAAAUAGCAGGCCUUCCAGCAGCUGGAGAGUCAUCAAGCAGUCUUCAGCCAGAAAAAUGAGGUGUUAUUGCUUUUAAUUUGGAUGGCCUCAUUUUAUACUCCCCCACUCCACUGUUGAUUCCUUCUCAUACUUUGAUGUAUAAUUUGUUUUCUUAUCAGAAGUAAUUGUACAUGCUUUUUCUGAAUUUAUGCAAUUAAAAUCUUUCUUAA